UUCGACCGCUCACACGAAGGCGUCCUCGCCGGCAACGCAGUCUCAGCCGCAGCAACGAAAUCAGUGGCCUGGCGGUAAAGCAUUUCAGCUACGCGAUAUUUGGGCUGGUCGCGGAGGAUCCCCGGCUACCAGAGCAUUGACAGAUAUACUAGCCGAAGGUCGGGUCGCCUACGAUGAGUGCAAUCAGGCUCUGACCGAACAUCUUGCUCCGCCCGGGCGCAUGUUCAUUUCUGUUGGCUCGGACACUCAGAAAUCGGGAGUGUUAUGGAAACACGAAUCCGUGUACUUGUUGUCCGCGGAGGCAGUGACAGUCGCACAUGCCGCCGGGUGGCCGGGAACGGUGAUUGUGCCUAAGGCUCCUACUGGCGCGGUCCUGUGGGACAGGACCUCAGAUGUGACAGCUUCUGAGAUAUUGCAGUGUUGGCAUGUUGGAAACAGGGCG